CGAUGGCUAAACAGCGCGUAACCCUUGAAGUGCUCUCAUAUCACGCCUCAGCACAAGAAGAAGAAGCCAUCAAAGUUUCGCGAAUGCUUAUUCCGUCGACAACUGCUCUCCAUUUAACGAGUCUUCGUUUCAAUGACUUUAGUCUCGACGAGGAUAUGAUGAUCAGAGGCUGUAUUCGUAUGUUUCUUGAUCUCGAUUUAAUUGAGAGAUUUCACAUCGACUACAAAGUAUGCAAA